AGUACGCUCUGACUGUAGGGAAGAGCAUCAAGGAAGUCAGUUUCGCUGGCAUGUCGGGCCCAGUGAAGUUUUCUCAAGGUGGCGAUAGAAUGGGCGAUCUUCUGAUAGAACAGAAUAUUGAGGGGAUGGAGGACAUCGUUGGCGUCUACAACAGCAUACAGGACGAGAUCACCUGGAAUAUUCCUACUGAACAGCUGUGGUACUACAGUGGAGGAGAGCCACCGUUUGAUUCCGACAUAACCAAGACCAUUGAGCUUUUGCAAAGCAUUCCUAAUGGAAUCCUGGCUACAGUGAGCGUGUUAGCAGCCCUGGGGUCCGCUCUGGCCAUCACGUUUCUCGUGUUCAACAUCUGGAAACGCAACGAAAGACAGAUCAAGAUGUCAAGCCCAAAGGUGAACAACAUCAUCGUAAUUGGCAUCCUGUUAGCAUACCUUGGUGUUGUUCUGCUUGGCAUCGAUAAAUCUACGGUGGACGCUGAAAGUUUCCUCUGCAUUUGCAGGGUGCGCUCGUGGAUAAUCCCAAUGGCCUUCACUCUGGCGUUUGGAGGAAUGUUCACCAAGAUGUGGAGGGUGUAUAGUAUCGUCAUCGCCAACAAGACCAAGAGAAAGGUCAUUAAGGACCACUAUCUCUUCGGUAUCAUCGCCAUGCUGUUGUUGGUGGAUUUUGCCAUACUCGUCCCCUGGCAGAUCAUCGAUCCAAUACGCAUUAAGGAAGACAGACUCCCCAUAGUUCAGACCAAAGAGGAUCUGGAACACCACACGAAGCGCGUAGAGCUCUAUGUCAUCUGCGCGUCCGCUAACAACACCCUUUGGACUCUGGUGGUUAUCGUCUACAAGGCGUUCGUCCUCGUCUUUGGCGCGUUUUUAGCCUGGUCCACAAGAAAUGUCAAAGUGUCUGGCUUGAAUGAUAGCCAUUACGUGGGCUUGUCCAUCUAUAACACCGUCAUCUGCUGUGUGGUGGCCGUUGCGCUGUCUUUCUUGAAUACCUCGUCACCAGCCAUGACCUUUGCCCUCGUCUCAGGGUUCAUGCUCCUCUGCAUAACGGUUUCACUCUGCAUGUUGUUCUUUCCUAAGGUGAUUGCUUUGUACCGCAAGAACGACAUUGGCGACGAAACCUUCACUGGAUUGAGAAUAGGAACGGCUGUGGUGGCCACGAUGGCCCGCAAGGGAGCGCCAAGCGCGGACAUACCCACAAUCAGUGCUCACCACGCCGACCAUAAGAGUGGCAUAACCGGUUUAUCUUAAGCACCGUCUGGUUGACAUCGUCGGUUGUUGGCCGGUCCAAACGUCUUAAAAUGCAAACAAAUCCAGAAGAGUGUUCACUAAUUCAACAAACACAGAAGUGAUUUGUUGUCUGUUUUUAUUGAAGAGUAAGGGAAAAGAUGUGGUUUUUCCAUUGUCAAUGGAAAAGAGCGCUUUCCGUAUAGAUUUAUGCGAUUAUUAACGACGUCAUCGUGAUGACAUUUGAUGUAACGUCUUUUAAGCUGAUCACAUAUAGGCCCUAGGUGUCUAUAAUUCUUCUGAUAUUGGUUUCUUAACAGUACACAUUUAGGUGAUGCAACAUGAUGUUGACGUCUCCAUUACUUAGCAACAAGUCUUGCCGGAAACCCUCCCCUUUUUAUAUACCAAACAACUUUCAAUCCCAUCAGAUGAAUGUUGGUCUUUCAAGAGGUAUCACGUGGUACAUACAUUUAUUGAAGUUGUUACCUCUAACAUAUCCCAGCUUAUCCGCCUUGAUCAGAAACACCCCCUCAACGGUUGACAAGAGCCAUGUUGGUCGUGAGAGUGUUCAUUUCGCAGGUAGCGACCCAUCCGUCAUACCAUUUCAUAGUUGUUUGUGAACCAGCGAAGUGAAGUUCUGUCCAAAGGAGCCUCCAUUGCCUAGGAAAAUUAAACCCUCUUCUGGUCCAGCUGAGGCCUCACAACUCUCAACUCAAUCAAAGGUCUAUUUCUGUAGACAUUGGUGCAUAGUGCUGUUGUGUGUGAACAUUAUGGCGUACUCAACGUCACCUGCUAGACACACACUUGUUUUCAAUCUGAUAGAACAAUUGAUAUUGCCUUGUCGAUAUUGCGCGUACGAGGCGUUGGAAUACCUUUUAGUGUCAUCAUGGCGGAAAUACGAUUAAAUGUACAUCACAGCCUUGCUUAUUAAAGCUGAUCAUGCGUUUAAGUCUGGAGAUACCAUUCUUUGAUAAAUGUUGAGGUUGUAUUAAGUGAUCCGUGGAGAUGAAGAUGAGGUAUUUAUUCGAUAGUGUCAUUACUACAGCAUUUAUUUGUACAAACUUGUAGGAAUCACAAUUACAAGUAGGAUGCUAAUAUAUAAUUAUCGUCACCGACACCACGAACUGAUACUCGGUCAUGCGCGAGGUGAUCUCAGUUGUGAACAGUUUAGAGGACCGAGUUAUUUUUGUUUUCACGAACUGGCACUGCGGUGAAGCACUUGUAGCGCGCACCCCAUGCGUCUUAGUUUUCACGAAUUGAUGCCGAUCGAUAUUCCACUGGUUAAAACGAACUUUGAUUAAAGUUUUUGGUAACUUGACAACAUGUAUAUGAUGGGUUUAAUUCCUGUUAAACUUUUCAAAGCAUUUUCAUUUGCUCUGAAUUAGGUUUAGCAAAACUAUCUUUUACCCAAGGCGAGGCCUAUGAACAAGCACAGGCAAGCAUAUCUAUAGGCCUAUGUCUCUAAAAGUUGAGUCGUUAAUUUUUUCCAACUCGGACAGUUAAACAUGGUCAUGAUCUAAAGAGUCAUUGAAACCGUUCCAGAACUGCAUCCUUCUAUAGACAUUCCUUUAAAUCAUUGGUGCUCUUUCAAAUACGGCCCUUUCACACUAGUUUGCCCCAAGAGUUUGCAACGC